GGAAGUGCCGCGAAGGAGGCGGAAGUCCCGCCUUCCGCUCGCCCUACGCCGGAGGCUGCAGCAACGCGGUGCAGGCGGGAGUGCUCUGCGAUCGAAACCUCCACCAUGAGUCUCCUCAAUAAACCCAAGAGUGAGAUGACCCCAGAAGAGCUGCAGAAGCGGGAAGAGGAGGAAUUCAACACAGGUCCCCUGUCGGUGCUCACGCAGUCAGUCAAGAACAACACGCAAGUGCUCAUUAACUGUCGCAACAACAAGAAGCUCCUGGGCCGGGUGAAGGCCUUCGACAGGCAUUGCAACAUGGUGCUGGAGAACGUGAAGGAGAUGUGGACCGAGGUCCCCAAGAGCGGCAAGGGCAAGAAGAAGUCCAAGCCUGUCAACAAGGACCGCUACAUUUCCAAGAUGUUCCUGCGUGGGGACUCCGUCAUCGUGGUGCUACGGAACCCGCUCAUCGCCGGCAAGUAGAGGAGUGGGCUCUUCCCUCCUCGAGAGGCUGCUCCCCCCCCCUGUCGAGUCCCGCCCAAUCCUGCCCAACGGGAUGGAAAUAAAACCCUGUGUUUUUUGUU